GGAUUCUGGGAGAACACAACUUCCUCUGCCACAGCGACGACCCGACUGAGAGCACACAGGCUGUGUGUGUCAGUGCACCAUGGAGAGACCCAACGUUUCCACCUCCACCUUGGCCUUUGACCAGCACUUCACCACAACCGCCCAAGGAAUCCUUCUCCUGGCUGAGAUAGUGUUUGGCAUGUUGGUGUGGAUUCUGGUAGGGGGUACAGAGUAUUUUCAUCUGUCUGCUCUCUGCUGGGUGAUGUUUCUUGCCAUCUUAUGCUGGGUUCUGACAGUCGGUCUGUUUUUAAUCUACCUCACUGGGAUCCAAAACAGGAUACUACAGGUUCCCUGGACUACACUGUCGCUGUGUUUUAGCUGCAGUGCUGCAGCUGUGUACCUGGUGACAGCAGUGGUAGACACGCUCUCAGUCAGCCAGGCCGUUAGGGGGCGACACAGCUACAACUGCUGGGCAGCAUCUGCAUUCUUUGCAUUUCUGAACACACUGUGCUAUGCAGGAAGCAGUUACCUGAGCUACUGGGCCUGGAAAACCACAGAAGAACAAUAGUCUCCUUGCUUGCUGUUUGAAGAACACAACGUUGAGGAACAGGCAUGAUGGAG